AUGAGCAAGUCCUACUCUUCCUCGGCCCAGACGGCCUCUUCAUACCGUCGCACCUUUGGUUCUGGUGUCAGUUCAUCCCCGAUGUCUUCCCUGUUCUCCACUCACGGAGGAGGAGGAGGUCGCAGCUCCUCAACCCAUACUACUCGAGUGUAUGAGGUGAAGAGUGGCGCUCCUUUGUAUUCCAGCUUCAGGUUGUCCUCCGGCGGUGCUGGGAUCGGCUCCUCCACAGCCAUGCGCACCUACGGCGAGAAACUUGACUUCAACCUGGCCGAUGCCAUGAACCAGGACUUCCUCAACACAAGGACCAACGAGAAGGCCGAGCUUCAGCAUCUCAACGACCGCUUCGCCAGCUACAUUGAGAAAGUUCGUUUUCUCGAGCAGCAGAACGCUGCCCUGACGGUAGAGAUCGAAACGCUCAAGGGCCGCGAGGGACCCGGGCGUGUGGCUGAGAUGUAUGAAGAUGAAAUGAGGGAGCUGAGGAGGCAGAUUGAAGCUCUGUCAAACCAGCGUGCUCGUGUGGAGGUGGAAAGAGAUAACCUGGCUGACGACCUUCAGAAAUUGAAGCUCAGACUACAGGAAGAGGUUCACCAGAAGGAAGAAGCCGAGAACAAUCUAUCUGCUUUUAGAGCGGAUGUGGACAAUGCCACUCUGGCCAGGUUGGACCUGGAGAGGCGCAUCGAGAGUCUGCAAGAGGAGAUUGCCUUCCUCAAGAAGAUCCAUGAAGAGGAGAUCCGUGAGCUGCAGAGCCAGAUGCAGGACACUCAGGUGCAGAUCCAGAUGGACAUGUCGAAACCCGACCUGACCGCAGCUCUGAGGGACAUCCGCAUGCAGUACGAGGCGAUCGCUGCCAAGAAUAUCUCAGAGGCCGAGGACUGGUACAAGUCUAAGGUCUCAGAUCUGAACCAGGCUGUGAGUAAGAACAAUGACGCCCUGCGCUCUGCCAAACAAGAGACCAUGGAGUACAGACACCAGAUCCAGUCCUACACCUGUGAGAUUGACUCACUCAAGGGCACCAACGAGUCUCUGCUGCGUCAGAUGAGAGACAUUGAGGACCGCAUGAGUCGCGAGGCUUCUGGCUACCAAGACACUAUCGCACGUCUGGAGGAAGACAUUGCCAAGAUGAAGGACGACAUGGCCCGUCACCUGAGGGAGUACCAGGACCUGCUGAAUGUUAAAAUGGCUCUCGAUAUUGAGAUCGCCACCUACCGCAAGCUGCUAGAGGGAGAGGAGAGCAGGAUCACCACCACUAUGCCUGUCCAAACUGCCUUUUCCUCUAUUGGAUUUCGAGAGACCAGUCCUGAGUCUCAGCCCCAGCGUUCCUCUGAGAUGCACUCAAAGAAGACGGUUCUUAUCAAGACCAUCGAGACCCGCGAUGGCGAGGUUGUCAGUGAGUCCACACAGCACCAGCAAGACAUCAUGUGAACGGGAGGUGAUGACAUAAAAACACAUUAUUUACAAUAAGUUA